CUGCCUGCGAACGUCUAUCGCGAGCGUAUCGACUUUUCGAAGAUCCGCGCGGCGGUUCCGAUCCCGAAUCUGAUCGAGAUCCAGAAGAAGUCGUACGAGCGCUUCCUGCAGAUGAACCGGACUCCCGAAGAACGGGAGGAGGCCGGACUGCAGUCGGUGUUCAGAUCGGUCUUCCCGAUCAGCGACUUCCGCGAGAACUCGAAGCUGGAGUUCGUCAACUAUGCCAUCGGCGACUGGGAGCCGGUGGAGGACGUGCCCGGCGUGCGCUACCACGUCAUCCGCGACUUCGGCGGUCAGCGCCUCGGCCUGAAGCUGAAGUACGACGUCGAGGAAUGCCAGGAGCGGGGCAUGACCUAUGCCGUUCCGCUCAAGGUGACGAUUCGCCUCGCCGUCUACAACAAGGAUCCGGACACCGGCAUCAAGUCGCUCCGCGACAUCAAGGAGCAGGAGGUCUACUUCGGCGAGAUCCCGCUGAUGACGGACAACGGCACGUUCAUCAUCAACGGCACCGAGCGGGUGAUCGUCUCACAACUGCAUCGCUCCCCCGGCGCGUUCUUCCACUCCGACGACCGGUCGGCGUAUGUCGCCCAGAUUAUUCCGUACCGCGGAUCCUGGGUGGAGUUCGAGUACGACGCCAAGAACGUGCUGAAUGUCCGGAUCGACCGGAAGCGCAAGUUCCUCGGGACCGUCUUCCUUCGCGCGCUCGGCCUGCACAGCGUCGAUGACAUCAUCCGCACGUUCUACAAGAUCCAGCGCGUGGCCGUCGGCGAGACGACGGUCGAAUUGAUGGCGACCGCGGAGCAGGAAGGCGCGCAGGCCGCAGCCGACAUCGUCGAUCCGGAAACCGGCGAGGUGAUCCUCGAGGCGAACGAGCAACUGACUGGCCGCAUCGUCUCGAUGGCGCAGGAGAAGGGGAUCCCCGAGAUCGAGCUGUUCUUCCCGGAGCAGGACGAGAUCGGGACGGCAUUGUCGAACACGCUCCGCCAGGAUCAGAUCAAGACGCACGAGGAGGCGCUGAUCGAGAUCUACCGCCGGAUGCGGCCGGGCGAUCCCGCCGACCCUCGACAGCUCGCGCGCCCUGUUCGAGGGCCUCUUCUUCAACCCGCAGAACUGGGGCUCGACACGCCGCUCGACGACCGGGUGCUCUCGGCGCAGGACUUCUACGAGGUGAUCCGCUACCUGCUGAAGCUGCGCCGGAACCCCCAGAACAUCGAUGACAUCGACCAUCUCGGGAACCGGCGGGUCCGCUCGGUCGGCGAGCUGCUCGAGAACCAGUUCCGCAUCGGGCUGGUACGGAUGGAGCGGGCCAUCAAGGAGAAGAUGUCGGUCUACCAGGAGAUGGCGACCGCCAUGCCCCACGACCUGAUCAACGCGAAGCCGGUGAUGGCGGCUAUUCGCGAGUUCUUCGGGUCACGCCCGGAGGGGCCGAACAUCGGGCUGAUCUCGUCGCUGUCGUGCUACGCGCGGAUCAACGAGUUCGGGUUCAUCGAGUCGCCCUACCGCAAGGUGAAGGCGGGUCGCGCGAUCGACUACGUCCGCAUCACCGACGGGGGCGGGACGAGGCACAAGGCGGGCGACAUCGCCGAGGAGUCGGAGGUGGCGGCCGCGAGCGCCGCCGCGCAGGGGCGGCGGAAGCGGGCCGCAACCUACGAGCCGUACUCCUUCUACUUGUCUGCCUGGGAGGAAGACAAGUACGUCAUCGCGCAGGCAAACGCGCGCCUCGAUGACGAGGGGUACCUGAUCGACAAUCGGAUCAACGCCCGCCAGGCGGGCAACUUCAGGCUGGAGCCGCGCGACCGGAUCGAGUUCAUCGACGUCUCGCCGAAGCAGCUCGUGUCGGUUGCCGCGUCGCUCAUCCCGUUCCUCGAGAACGACGACGCGAACCGCGCCCUGAUGGGGUCGAACAUGCAGCGGCAGGCGGUGCCGCUGCUCCGGGCGCGCGCGCCGUUCGUCGGGACCGGCAUGGAGCGCAUCACCGCGCGCGACUCGGGCGCGGUGGUGACGGCGCGUCGGGGUGGCGUGGUCGACUUCGUCGACUCGCGGCGCAUCGUCGUCCGGGUGGAGGACCCCACCGGCGACGGGCUGUCGAGCGAGCUGGGCGCCGACAUCUACAACCUGACGAAGUUCCGCCGCUCCAACCAGAACACCUGCAUCAACCAGAAGCCGAUCGUGCGGGUGAGACAGCACGUCGAGCGAGGGCAGGCGCUGGCCGAUGGCCCCUGCACGGAGCGGGGUGAGCUGGCGCUCGGCCGCAACGUGCUGGUCGCCUUCAUGCCGUGGCGCGGCUACAACUUCGAGGACGCCAUCCUUGUCUCCGAACGCCUUGUGAAGGAGGACUACUACACGUCGAUCCACAUCGAGGAGUUCGAGAUCGAAUCGCGCGACACGAAGCUCGGUCCGGAGGAGAUCACGCGCGACAUUCCGAACGUGUCCGAGGGCUUCCUGAACGACCUCGACGAGAGCGGCAUCAUCCGGAUCGGCGCCUACGUCAAGCCGGGCGACAUCCUCGUCGGGAAGGUGACGCCGAAGGGGGAAACGCAACUGACGCCGGAAGAAAAGCUGUUGCGGGCCAUCUUCGGCGAGAAGGCGGGCGACGUGCGCGACGCGUCGCUGCUCUGCCCGCCCGGCAUCGAGGGGAUCGUGGUGGGCGUGCGCAUCUUCUCCCGCAAGGGGAUCGAGAAGGACGAGCGCGCCAAGGCGAUCGAGGCUGAAGACAUCGAGAUGCUGGAGACGAACCGGGAGGACGAGGUCCGGAUCCUGCAUGACGAAGUGAAGAAGCGGCUGAUGCCGAUGCUGGACGGCCGCACGCUCACCGGCGACCUGCACGACGCCUACGGCGCGGAGGUCCUCCUGCCGAAGGGGACGGUGCUGAGCGAGUCGGUGAUUCAGAAGCUGGCGUACAACGACCUGGUGCGCGCGAAGCUCGACGUGAAGCAGGCGAAGGCCCGGGCGGCGAUCCAGGCGAUCGAGCAACGGACCGCGCGCCAGGUGGAAGUGAUCGAUCAGCGCUUCGAGGAGAAGAAGGAGAAGGUGCGGCGCGGCGACGAGCUCCCGCCCGGCGUGAUCAAGAUGGUCAAGGUCUUCGUGGCCAUGAAGCGGAAGCUGUCGGUCGGCGACAAGAUGGCGGGCCGCCAUGGCAACAAGGGGGUCAUUGCGCGGAUCCUGGCGGAGGAGGACAUGCCGCGGCUGCCGGACGGCACGCCGGUGGAGAUUGUCCUCAACCCGCUCGGCGUCCCGUCCCGGAUGAACGUGGGGCAGAUUCUCGAGACCCACCUGGGGUGGGCCGCGCACGUGCUGGGCCGCUACUUCGCGACGCCCGUCUUCGAUGGCGCGCGCGAGACCGAGAUCAAGGACCUGCUGGAGGAGGCGGGACUCCCGCGCGACGGCAAGACGACGCUGUUCGACGGGAUGACCGGCGAGUCGUUCGAGCAGAAGGUCACCGUCGGCUACAUCUACAUGCUGAAGCUGUCGCACCUGGUGGAUGACAAGAUCCACGCCCGGUCGAUCGGGCCCUACUCGCUGAUCACGCAGCAGCCGCUCGGCGGCAAGGCGCAGUUUGGGGGGCAGCGGUUCGGUGAGAUGGAGGUGUGGGCGCUCGAGGCCUACGGCGCCGCGCACAUCCUGCAGGAGCUGCUGACCGCGAAGUCGGACGACGUGACCGGCCGCUCCAAGAUCUACGAGGCGAUCGUCAAGGGCGACGCGUCGUUCGCGCCGGGCCUGCCGGAGUCGUUCAACGUGCUGAUCCGCGAGCUCCAGGCGUUGUGUCUGGACGUCGAGCUGCUGAAGACGCGAGCACCGAUGCCCGGCGCGCCCUGGGGCCCGGCGUUGCGCAGGAGCAGGCGUCGGAGGAGUCGCCGGAGACGGACGAGACCGAGCGGUGCCCGCUCUCGACGAGGCGUAGCAGGAGAAGCCAUGAGACCCAGUUUCUCGGACCGCAGCUCGCUGACAGCCGAUUUCGACGCCAUCCGAAUCAGCCUCGCCUCGCCGGAGACCAUCCGGUCCUGGUCGCAUGGUGAAGUGACCAAGCCCGAAACGAUCAACUACCGGACGUUCAAGCCGGAGCGGGACGGGCUGUUCUGCGCCAAGAUCUUCGGUCCGGUGACCGACUGGGAGUGCCUGUGCGGGAAGUACAAGCGCAUGAAGCACCGGGGCGUCAUCUGUGACAAGUGCGGCGUCGAGGUGACCCAGGCCAAAGUCAGGCGCGAGCGGCUCGGGCACAUCACGCUGGCCACCCCCGUCAGCCACGUCUGGUUCUUCAAGGGGCUGCCGAGCCGAAUCGGACACCUGCUCGACAUCUCGCUCCGCGAUCUCGAACGCAUUCUCUACUUCGAAGCGUUCGUGGUGAUCGACGCGGGCGACAGCGAGUUCGAGCCGCAUCAACUUCUCACCGAGGAGCAGUACCGCAAGGCGAUCGAGGAGUACGGUCCGAAGUUUCGGGCCCAGAUGGGCGCCGAGGCGAUCAAGGAGCUGCUCAAGCGCGCCGACAUCCACGAUCUGGCGGACCAGUUGCGGGUGGACAUGCGCCGGGAAAACUCGGUGCAGAAGAAGCUCAAGUAUGCCAAGCGCCUGAAGGUCGUCGGAUCGUUCCGGAAGUCGACCAAUCGUCCGGAAUGGAUGAUUCUCGAUGUGAUUCCGGUCAUUCCACCGGAACUGCGCCCGCUCGUGCCCCUCGACGGCGGCCGCUUCGCGACCUCCGAUCUCAACGACCUCUACCGCCGGGUCAUCAACCGGAACAAUCGCCUGAAGAAGCUGAUCGAGCUCAAGGCGCCCGAUGUGAUCAUCCGCAACGAGAAGCGGAUGCUGCAGGAAGCGGUGGAUGCGCUGUUCGACAACGGCCGGCGCGGCCGCGUGCUGCGCGGGGCGAACAAUCGCCCCCUCAAGUCGCUCUCGGACACGCUCAAGGGCAAGCAGGGACGGUUUCGCCAGAAUCUGCUCGGCAAGCGGGUCGACUACUCGGGACGGUCGGUGAUCGUCGUGGGACCCGAGCUUCAGCUUCACCAGUGCGGGCUCCCCAAGAAGAUGGCCCUCGAGCUGUUCAAGCCGUUCAUCUACAACAAGCUCGAGAGCCGCGGGCUGGUGUCCACCAUCAAGCAGGCGAAGGAGAUGGUCGACCAGCAGCUUCCCGAGGUGUGGGACAUCCUCGAAGAGGUGAUUCGGGAGCACCCGGUGCUGCUCAAUCGGGCCCCGACGCUGCACCGACUGGGGAUACAGGCGUUCGAACCGGUCCUGGUCGAGGGCAAGGCGAUCCGGAUCCACCCUCUGGUAUGCACGGCAUUCAACGCCGAUUUCGACGGCGACCAGAUGGCGGUGCAUAUUCCGCUCGCGCCCGAGGCCCAGAUCGAGGCCUCGGUCCUGAUGAAGGCGUCGAAGAACAUCCUGUCUCCGGCGAAUGGCGCGCCGAUCACGGUGCCCUCGCAGGACAUCGUGCUGGGUUGCUACUACCUGACCAAGGCCAAGAAGGGGGCCAAGGGGGAGGGGCGCGUCUUCGGCUCGGCGGAUGACGUGGGACUGGCGCUCGCGGCCGACGCAAUCGAGACCUUGAGUCCGAUCCGUCUUCGGCUCAGCGGCGAGCUGAUGGACCUGACCGCGUCCCGGGACGAUCAGGACGUGCUGCGAACCAAGGUCCAGCGGGUCGCGGGCAAGAUCAUCGACACCACGGCCGGCCGGGUGGUGCUCAACAACGCGUUGCCGGACGAGCUCCCGUUCUUCAACGGUCUCCUGAAGAAGAAGGGGCUCGGUCAGCUCGUCCAGUACUGCUACCUGAAGCAUGGCGUCCCCAAGACGGUGGAGAUGCUGGACCGGCUGAAGCAGCUCGGAUUCGGGUAUGCGACCCGCUCCGGCCUGUCGAUUGGCAUCGACGAUCUCAUCGUGCCCGCCCAGAAGGCGUCGAUGAUCAAGGAGGCCAACGACGAGGUCAUCCGGGUCGAGCAACAGUAUCUCGAAGGGGCGAUCACGAACGGCGAGCGGUACAACAAGGUCAUCGCCAUCUGGUCGGAUGUGACCGAGAAGGUCGCCGACGAGAUGUUCAACGAAAUGGAGGGCCUCGAUGGCGGCGGCGGCCAGGACUUCAAUGCCGUCUACAUCAUGGCCGACUCCGGUGCUCGCGGCAGCAAGCAGCAGAUUCGUCAGCUCGCGGGCAUGCGGGGAUUGAUGGCGAAGCCGUCCGGCGAGAUCAUCGAGGUGCCCAUCACGUCGAAUUUCCGUGAGGGGCUGACGGUGCAGCAGUACUUCAUCUCGACGCACGGCGCCCGGAAGGGUCUGGCGGAUACGGCGCUGAAGACGGCGGACUCCGGCUAUCUGACGCGGCGCCUGGUGGACGUGGCCCAGGACGUGAUCAUCUCGGAGGUGGAUUGCGGCACGCCGGACGGGAUCGAGUCGCGCGCCAUCGUGGAGAGCGGCGAGAUCAUCGAGCCGCUGCGGGAGCGAAUCGUCGGUCGAGUGGCGCUCGAGGAAAUCGUCGAUCCGUUCACCAACGAUAUCAUCGUGCCCGCGAGCGAGGUGAUCGUCGAGGAUCUCGCCUCGCAGAUAGAGGAUUCCGGCGUCGAGAAGGUCAAGAUCAGGUCGGUGUUGACGUGUGCCGCCCGGCGCGGGGUGUGCGCCAAGUGCUACGGCCGUGACCUCGGCACCGGUGAGCUGGUCGAGCUGGGCCUGGCGGUCGGGGUCGUCGCGGCCCAGUCUAUCGGUGAGCCCGGAACCCAGCUCACGAUGCGGACCUUCCACAUCGGCGGAACCGCAUCGCGGGUGUCGGCGCAAUCCACCCUCGAAGCGAAGCACGUGGGAACGGUGCGUUUCGACGGGAUCCAGUGGGUCAAGGCGAAGGAUGGCACGCUGGUCGUGAUGAACCGGACCGGCUCGCUGGUUGUUCAGGACGAGAAGGGGCGCGACCGGGAACGGUACCCGGUGGUGUACGGGGCGCACCUGAGGGUAUCCGACGGCCAACACGUCGAGCCGGACCAGGUUCUGGUCCAGUGGGACCCCUAUACGUUCUCGAUCAUUACCGAGAAGACGGGAACCGUCCGCUUCAAGGACAUCGCCGAGGGGACGACGGUGCACGAGGAGGUGGACGAGGUGACCGGGCUGUCUCGUCUGAUCAUCAUGGACUCGCCCGACGAGAAGAAGCAGCCGCUGGUCGAGAUCCGAAAUGCGGCCGGCAAGCUCGAGCGCAAGUACAACAUGCCGUCGCACGCGCAUCUCAUGGUGGUGGAUGAGCAGGAGGUGACCGCCGGCGAGGUGCUGGCCAAGAUCCCUCGCGAAACGACGAAGACCAAGGACAUCACGGGCGGGCUGCCUCGGGUGCAGGAGCUGUUCGAAGCGCGGAAGCCGCGCGAGACCGCGGUCAUCAGCGAGAUCGACGGUACGGUCAAGAUCGGCAGCAUCGUCAAGGGAAUGCGGAAGGUCAUCAUCGUGCCGGACGAACCCGGGGCCGAGCCGCGGGAGUAUUCGCUGCCUCGCGGAGUCCAUGUGAACGUCCAGGACGGGGACCGUGUCCGUGCGGGCGAGCAGCUCAUGGACGGUCCGAGCAAUCCGCACGACAUCCUGAGCGUUCUCGGUCCGAAGGCCCUCCAGAGCUAUCUCGUGAACGAGAUCCAGGAGGUCUAUCGCCUGCAGGGCGUCACCAUCAACGACAAGCACAUCGAGGUCGUGGCCCGGCAGAUGAUGCGGUGGGUGAAGAUCGAGGACGUGGGGACCACCGAUUUCCUGAUCGAUGAGCAGGUGGAUCGGUCCCGGUUCCUCAUCGAGAACGAGCGGGUCAUCGCCGAAGGCGGCCAGCCCGCCACCGGGCGUCCGCUCCUGCUCGGCAUCACCAAGGCCUCGCUGUCCACCGACUCGUUCAUCUCGGCCGCCUCGUUCCAGGAGACGACGCGCGUGUUGACGGAAGCGUCGAUUUCCGGCAAGGUGGAUCAUCUCCGGGGGCUCAAGGAGAACGUGACCAUGGGCCGGCUGAUUCCGGCCGGCACCGGGUACGACUACUACCGCGGGGUGCGGAUUCAGGCGGACGAACCGCCGCCGCCGCCGCCGCCGACGCAGGAAGAGCUUGAGCUCGAACGGGAGAUGGAGUAUCUCGUGGAGCCGGAGACGGUGGACCGUGAUCAGGUGACCGAGUAG